UAUAAUGUAAGAUAGUUUGUUUUGAAGGAUUCUCAGGGUGAAGUGCCAUUAUUCCAUGAGGAUGAAAGUGCAUCCAGUAAAUCAAACAUCAAACACCCUCUCGCCUGCUUUUUUCAUCUCUUCUGUGAGUUACUAAAUCGAAGUUUCAUCGCCAACAUGGUAACUAUCAUUUUACUUUUGUCAUGUGACUUCUGGACAGUAAAGAAUGUGACGGGGCGGCUGCUGGUUGGUUUGAGAUGGUGGAAUCAGGUAAAUCAAGAUGGACGCAGUCGCUGGAUGUUUGAAUCCAGAACGGAAAGAAGUAAAAACAUUGUCUCAAACUCGGAGUUACGGAUUUUUUGGUUUGGUCUGGUAGUGUGUCUGGUGUUUUGGGUUUUCUUUGUGUUUAGCACUCUUUUGGCCCUCAACAUAAAAUGGUAGGUGGUUGUGAUCAUGGGAGUUGUCCUGCAGUGGGCUAACCUGUAUGGGUAUGUGCGAUGCAAAGUUGGUGGUAGAACCAAACUGAAAAAUGUGGCAACCAACUACUUUGGUCUUCAGCUCUUCAAAAGGGUACUAAAUAAACCAGAAGGACCCUAAUUUGACUGCCUAUGUCUAAUUUAUUGACAAAGAAGCCUUUUCCUUUUCCUAAUUAUUAUUUUUUUUAUUAUAAUUAUUCUUUGUUCUUUUAUUUUCCAUUGACAAGCUUUUCAGUUUUUCUAGAGUGGUACACUUUUUGUUCCCUUAAU